CCCCACCCCCGCCCCUCCGUGAGUCGUCGCUUAGCUAUGCCGGUGAGCUCCGGAGGCCGUGUGGCGCGGCGCCUCGGGUUGCUGCUGUGGCGCAGGGCCUUUCCUCCGGGCGCCCGGCCUUCGGCGGGCGCGGGGCCGCGGCUUGGGCUCCUGGCCGCGGGGCGGCUUACGGCGGGACCCGCGCUGGGCCGGGCCUGCCUGAGCCCCGACCGCGCUCGCGGCCUGCAUGGCGGAUCGGGCCUGGAGGAGCGGGCGGAGGGGGCAGCCGGCCAGGGGCGCCCGGAGUCAGGCACGGCAGAUUAUACUGGUCCCAAGUUUGACAUCGAUAUGCUGGUUUCACUUCUGAGACAAGAAAAUGCAAGAGACAUUUGUGUGAUCAAAGUUCCUCCAGAAUUGAAAUAUACAGACUACUUUGUGAUUGGUAGUGGAACUUCUACCCGACACUUGCAUGCGAUGGCCUACUACAUUGUGAAAAUGUAUAAAUACCUGAAAUGUAAAAGUGAGCCUCAUGUUAAGAUUGAAGGGAAGGACACCGAUGACUGGCUCUGUGUGGACUUUGGCAGCAUGGUGAUUCAUUUGAUGCUUCCAGAAACCAGAGAAACCUAUGAAUUAGAGAAAUUAUGGACCCUACGUUCUUAUGAUGACCAGUUAGCACAGAUAGCACCUGAGACACUACCUGAAGACUUCAUUCUUGGAAUAGAAGAUGACACUUCAUCCCUGACUCCAGUGGAGUUAAAUGAGAAUAAAAUGAUAUGAACUGUUUUAGUCAUCAUCAGAUUUGGAUUGAGUUACUUCUUAAAAAUAUAGCUCUGAAACCCCACUUGGUCAGGUUAUUGUCAAAACAAGCCUUAUCUGUGGGCACUCAUGCUCAAUGAAUGUGGAAAUUGUAGGUAAGUGAGCUGAUUCUCACACCAAGAAUCAGUACAUUUAAACUAAAAUUAUUAUUUUUAUUUAUUUCUGAGAUCCCAGCAGGAUUUCCCAGAGUUAACAUUGGCCCCUGUGCUCUGCUCACAGUUCAGUUUUGUAUAAGUGUAAAUCUUAUUCUGUAGAAUGGAAUAGCCAGUUGUUUGUUUAAAUAAAGCAAAAAACACAUCACCCUC